GGCGUGAACAUGAGCUGUGAACACAAACACAGACUCGACUACACAAAAAAUGGAAUAAAAAAUGAAGGAAAGAACAGGAUAGGUAGUACUGACAUCACCAGCAUGGCACUGGUAAUGUCAGAGCUAUGAAUACACCAAGAGAGAGUAGAAAAACGUGAAUUGUUUUUUGAGCGCGUGCUCAUGCGCAGUUCCCGCACACCGCGGCACACCUGUUCUAAUUACCACACCUGUUCCAUUGGGCGAGGCGAGAGAGGGCUGCACCCUCCUGUCGCUGUAGCUCGCUCGGUCAGCCCUGCAGCACCGCGUGCUCCUGCACUGUGUCUGACCUUCCUUAGUCAGCAGGCGGGGCGGACUGCAGAAAGGAGGAAGGAGAAAGAGACACGCGACGGAGAGAGAGAGAGGUAUAGAGAGGGAGUGUCCACGGGAGCACAGAGGAGAAGAGAGACAGAGAGGGAGGGAGAGAGAGAGAGACAGAGAGAGAGAUGUAGUGGACACGAGUAAGACGGAGCCGUUUCCACUGUUGGGUCUGUUUAGUCUAGUCCGAACAAACGCCGUCUCUGUCCUUGCUGUCAGCAGAUCAAGUCGUGUCUGGAGCAGUGGCCCCUAUGCAGGCGAAUGUCCCGCCAGAAUUGAACACAGGUCGGCUUGGUUAUUGGCUUUUGGAUCGCGAGCCACCAUCCAUCCUGAAGGUGGAGCUUGUCGUCUUUUGAUCUUGUGUUCGAAAAACACAAAUCUUAACCUCCCCAGAAAAGGAUUUUUCUGCGCUGGACAUAUUCCUUUAUCAUUUUGUUCAUUUAUCAAGGUUCACUUCCCCCAAACAAACCACCACUUUUGAAAGCAGACUGGGAGAACUUGCGGGGAUCUCCUUGCAUACUCUCACAUAUGGAAGAGUCUGGGGGGCGAGGGGUGAGGACGGCGGGAGACGGGGUGAGGGCUGGGGAUCGGGACCCCUCACAGAGGCUCUCUCCGUUCCGCAUGCUCCGUAUGCUGGAGGCUUGCAGAACCCCAGGGAACCGCAUCGGCAUCGUCCAUGAGAAUGUGAAGAUGGGCUCCGACGGGGAGAGCGACCAGGCGUCCGGUACAUCUUCUGAUGAGGUCCAGAGUCCCGUGAGGGUCCGCAUGCGGAACAACCACCACCGACGGAUCUCCAAUGAGGACAUAAACAAGCGCCUCUCUCUCCCAGCUGACAUCCGGCUUCCGGAGGGGUACCUGGAGAAGUUUGCGAUGAAUAGCCCGCCCUUCGAUAAGCCCAUGAGCCGCCGGCUACGCCGAGCCUCAUUGUCUGAAAUAGGCUUUGGAAAACUGGAAACGUACAUCAAACUGGACAAAUUAGGAGAAGGGACCUACGCCACCGUGUUCAAAGGGCGGAGCAAGUUAACAGACAACCUGGUGGCGCUGAAAGAGAUCCGGUUGGAGCACGAGGAGGGGGCGCCCUGCACGGCCAUCCGUGAAGUGUCUCUGUUGAAGGAUCUGAAGCACGCCAACAUCGUCACUCUGCACGACAUCAUCCACACUGACAAGUGCCUGACGCUGGUGUUUGAGUACCUGGAGAAGGAUUUGAAACAGUACAUGGAUGACUGCGGUAGCAUCAUGAGUGUCCACAACGUCAAGCUAUUUCUCUUCCAGCUGCUGCGAGGUCUUGCCUACUGCCACAAGAGGAAAGUCCUCCACAGAGACCUCAAGCCUCAGAAUCUGCUCAUCAACGAAAAAGGAGAGCUCAAACUAGCUGACUUUGGUUUGGCCAGGGCCAAGUCGGUCCCUACCAAGACGUACUCUAACGAAGUGGUGACAUUAUGGUACCGGCCCCCAGACGUGCUGCUGGGCUCCACUGAGUACUCUACACCCAUUGACAUGUGGGGCGUGGGCUGCAUCUUCUACGAGAUGGUCACAGGCCGGCCGCUGUUCCCCGGUUCCACAGUGGAGGAUGAGCUGCACCUCAUAUUCCGCAUCCUGGGUACGCCCACGGAGGAGACCUGGCCCGGCUGCACCAACAGCGAAGAGUUCAAGACCUACAACUUCCCCAAGUACAACGCGGAGCCCUUGGUCAACCACGCACCCAGGAUAGACAGCGAUGGCCAUGAUUUGCUAUCCAAACUCCUGCAGUUUGAGGCAAAGAAGCGUAUUUCAGCAGAAGAUGCCCUCCGGGUGCCUUACUUCAAGAGUCUUGGAGAGCAGGUUCAGUCACUAGUUGAUACUGCCUCACUCUUCUCAAUAAAAGAAAUUCAGCUCCAUAAAGACCCAGGCAAGAGGUCUGCUGUUUACCCAGAAUCAGCAAUGGCACAUAAGAUAGGCUCCGCCCCCUCGCAGUACUUCCAGCGAGAAGCAGCCAAUCCCAGGGCUCAGAGUCAGGCUCUCGCCUCCCCUUCCACAGGCUGAUUGGCCAGAGUCCAUCUGCCCAGGGGAAGAGUAGAAGGCAGAGUGUGUUGUUUUAGUGUCGGAGGGGUCCAGUGAAGGUGUGGAGGCAGGGAGGUCCGGUCUCAGACACGCGCUCACUGACCCCCACCGCACAAACUAAACAAACGGAGAGACACACACUCUCGCCAGGGACGUGCCGUAGGAGGCAACAAUGAUGACAACAACAAUGACAACAACAUAAACAACAACAACACCACAACACCACAAACAAACAAAAAAAAACAGAAGAAGAAACCAGAACUAUAAAAGAAACUGUCAACUACGCCCGAAUCGAGAUUGAGAAA